AUGGCGGUGGUGUUGUCUGCGAAGCCAACGGUGCCCAUCGGCGCUCCUCCUUCCCCAAGAUGUGAUGGCGACGCCCCUUCUCCUCCCGGCUCCGACAUAGGCGCCCCCGCCCCUCUCGACCACGACAUCAACUCCCCUCCUCUGCUGGUGGUGGGCUGGUGGCAUCCAUUCGUUUUGGGCGAUGGGUACGUGGGGAUGGCGCAGGAUGCGGUGAAGAUCCGGCGGCUGGAGAAGCAGCGCGAGGCGGAGCGCUGCAAGAUCGAGGAGCUCAAGAACAAGUCCGCGGAUGGGCAGCCCGGCCUCCUCCAGUUCGGCUCCAGCACCUCCGAGAGUCAAGAAGGAGUUUUUUUUAAUGUUGAGUCAAGAGGGAGUUGA